AUGGUAGUGUUCGCUGUCUUGGCCGUUGCGGCUGCCCAAUACGCCCUGCCCUAUGGCGGCCUGGCCUACUCGGUACAACCGGACGUCGCUACAUACUGGACCAACUUGGCCGCCCCCUAUACCAAUUACGCCUCUGCCAUCUAUAAAGACAUCGCUGCCAACGCCCCGGCCGGUGUACGCCCCCAACACGACGGCCUCAGCACCAUAUUCGACGGCAAAGUCCCCGUCUUUCCCAUCGAGGGCUCGUUUAGUUACGUGGACCCCAAUGGUGUGAAAAAGACGGUCGACUUCACUGUGGACAAGUCUGGCUUCCGUGUGUCUGGCACCAACCUGCCUGGCCUGGCCUACUCGGUGCAACCGGACGCGGCCAGAUACUGGACCAACUUAGCCGCCCCUUAUGUCAAAUACGCUACUACCAUCUAUAAGGACAUCGCUGCCAACGCCCCGGCAGGUGUCCGCCUCCCGGACGACGGUUUCAGCACCAAGUUCGACGGCAAAAUCCCCGUCUUUCCUAUCGAGGGCUCCUUUAGUUACGUGGACCUCAAUGGUGUAAAACAGACGGUCGACUAUGUUGUGGACGAGUCCGGCUACCGCGUGUCUGGCACCAACCUGCCGGCGGCUGCCGUCCCCGACGUCAAGACGCCCGCCGACGCUGCUGCUACCAAGAACGGCUACCGCAAGUAA